AAUCUCUCACCCAACAAAUUCAACAAAGCAGCCUAACUCUAAAACCUCGACAAAGCCCAUUUGUUGAAACCCUUCUUCUUUGAUUGUCUUCGCCCGAUCACAUCCUCCUCACUCACGGCGAUAACAAAUUGGAGUUGUAACGUCUUUCGUCCUCAUUGAAUCCUUUUCAUAAAUUUUACCCACUAACUCUUUCAUUCAAAUUCUCCCAAGACGUUGCUUUUAGUUUCCCAUGACCUCAGCCCCACCGCAAAUCCCUAAUUUCUACUACUAUAAAUAGGGAUACAGAAUUCUCGAAAUCUCACAGCUUCACUCGAUUCAACCUUCUGCCUCCUCACACACACAAGCAGCAACUAUGAUUUCAUCCCAUAUAUUUCUCUAUAAUUUGAAGCCCAGUUGUUGUUCUCAAACGGUGGUAGCCCGUCUUCUGUGUUUCGGGGAAGCACGCAACGUCAAGAAAGGAGGGGAUCUGAUGGGAGUUGACAUAGUGCUUCUUGAUGAUCCACACUGCUGCAAGGGUGCACCGGCUUCACACUUUCAAACACCUUCUGAAAGAGGGAGACAUUUACGAGAUCAGUGGCUUUCAUGUUGCAAGAACUAUCACCCACUUCAAGCUGUCAGAUUCAACCGUAGUCCAUUGAAACAACCAAUGGCUGGUUCUACAUUUAAUGCUCAAAAUGUUCUCGGAAGCUUCAGCGUGGCCUAUCUUGAUUCACAUGUACAUCAUGUCACACUAGCGCUGUAUCGUGUGGAAAUUUCCAUGACAGAUGCGACAGACUCGGCUGUGUUUGUGUUGUUUGACUAAGAGAUGUCUAAGUUAGUGUGCUUGCGGCAGAAGUCGUCGAGUUCAUGGUGUGUCCCCUUAAAAUCAUUUUAUCUUACGUUAUUUUUUUUACUAGAAAGGGAUCUACAUAAUGUUUGUUGCUAAGCAGGUUGCAGGUGUUGGCGACCCCCUUGAGCUUCCACCUUUUACCUAAGAAAGUGUUGGGAAAACAUACAAGUUCCAGCUGAGCUACUAAAGUUCAAUUUUUCCACAAAGCAUCAGACCUUCACUGUGUCACACAUCUUUGAUAUGCCAUUAUCGCAAAUCACGUAAGCCUUAUUAAACUAAUAACUUUGCACUCUUCUGCAUUAACAUGUUAUAAGGGAAAUGGACAGAGAGGGAACUAUUUUCCAGGAGAUGAAAUGCCUGGUGCUAAAUGUCUCUCUUGCAACUGCACUGAUGGUCGAAGGUCAAGUGGUAAUGUCCAGAGCAACAAAAUUGAUGGAAAACCUUCGGACCAGGCGAGCCCAUCUGGUGGAGAAGUUUCAUCUGCACAACACAAUUGGGAGGGGAGCGUUCUAGAUGCAGACCCGGUUCAAGUUGCAUGCAACAAACACCCCGAAAGAAGUCAUGCACCGGAUAGUUGAUUAAUCUAUUGACCUUGAGACCUCACUCUUUCUCUUUUGGCUCAUUGCAGUGUUGUUUUACAUGUCUGGUAUUUCUCUCAAGCUCCAUUUAAAUGAUGUUUUUGUAUCUAAAAAUCUCAGUUUUAUGGUUUCCUCACCUUUGUUUUUAACUUCCACCAUGGAAAUUAAAUACGGUUUGGCACUUAUUCCACACAGAUGUUGAUUUAUAUAUUUAUUAA